AUGGGGCAGCGGUUCCUCCGGGUCUGGGAGGAUGAUCAUUACCCCGAGGAAGGGUGGGAAUGUCAUGAUUCAGGUCCAGGAGGAUGGAGCAUCAUCCGGAGGAAGGACAGGGCUGUGCUGGCUCCAGGAUGCUCGGAUGCUCGUUCCCAGCAGGAUGCUCAUUCCCAGGAGGAUGCAGGUUCCUGGGAAGAUGCUCAUUCCCAGCAGGAUGCUUGUCCCCAGGAGGAUGCAGGUUCCUGGGAAGAUGCUCAUUCCCAGGAGGAUGCAGGUUCCUGGGAAGAUGCUCAUUCCCAGCAGGAUGUUGGCCUCCAGGAAGGUGCUCAUUUCCAAGUGGAUGCUGGUCCCCAGGAGGACACAGGUUCCCAGGACAGUCUUCAUUCCCAGGAGGAUGCUCAUUCCCAGGAGGAGGCUCAUUCCCAGGAGGAGGCUCAUUCCCAGGAGGAUGCUCAUUCCCAGGAGGAGGCUCAUUCCCAGCAGGAUGCUCAUUCCCAGGAGGAGGCUCAUUCCCAGGAGGAUGCUCAUUCCCAGGAGGAGGCUCAUUCCCAGGAGGAUGCUCAUUCCCAGGAGGAGGCUCAUUCCCAGCAGGAUGCUCAUUCCCAGGAGGAGGCUCAUUCCCAGGAGGAUGCUCAUUCCCAGGAGGAGGCUCAUUCCCAGGAGGAUGCUCAUUCCCAGGAGGAUGCUCAUUCCCAGGAGGAGGCUCAUUCCCAGGAGGAUGCUCAUUCCCAGGAGGAGGCUCAAUCCCAGGAGGAGGCUCAUUCCCAGGAGGAUGCUCAUUCCCAGGAGGAGGCUGACCCCCAGGCUAGACCGAAACCGGGACAAACUGGGGAGAAGAAACAAAACUUGGCUCGGGCCGGGCCGGGGCUGGACCCCGGCGCUUCCUUCCCCCCCCCGCCGCCCCCGGGGCCAUCCCCGCCGCUCCCGGGGCCAUCCCCGCCACCCCCGGGGCCAUCCCCGCCGCUCCCGGGGCCAUCCAGCCGCUCCCGGGGCCAUCCAGCCGCUCCCGGGGCCAUCCCCGCCGCCCCCGGGGCCAUCCCCGCCACACCCGGGGCCAUCCCAGCCCCUCUCGGGGCCAUCCCAGCCCCUCUCGGGGCCAUCCCCGCCACCCCCGGGGCCAUCCCCGCCACCCCCGGGGCCAUCCCAGCCCCUCCCGGGGCCAUCCCAGCCCCUCUCGGGGCCAUCCCCGCCGCCCCCGGGGCCAUCCCAGCCCCUCUCGGGGCCAUCCCCGCCGCCCCCGGGGCCAUCCCAGCCCCUCUCGGGGCCAUCCCCGCCACCCCCGGGGCCAUCCCCGCCGCUCCCGGAGCCAUCCCCGCCACCCCCGGGGCCAUCCCAGCCCCUCCCGGGGCCAUCCCAGUCCCUCCUGGGGCCAUCCCCGCCACCCCCGGGGCCAUCCCCGCCGCUCCCGGGGCCAUCCCAGUCCCUCCCGGGGCCAUCCCAGCCCCUCCCGGGGCCAUCCCCGCCACCCCCGGGGCCAUCCCCGCCGCUCCCGGGGCCAUCCCCGCCGCUCCCGGGGCCAUCCCCGCCGCUCCCGGGGCCAUCCCAGUCCCUCCCGGGGCCAUCCCCGCCACCCCCGGGGCCAUCCCUCCCGCUCCCGGGGCCAUCCCCGCCACCCCCGGGGCCAUCCCCGCCACCCCCGGAGCCAUCCCCGCCGCUCCCGGCGCUCCCCCCCCCCAGUUUGGCCGGGAACAUCCCAAGAAAAGCUCUCCCGAUCGCCCCGGAGCGGGAAAUCCCUCCCCGAGCCGAGGAGCGGAGGGGAAAUCCAAAGCAGAUGUGGGAGAACAAGGUGUGGGCGAAGGAGGGGGGAAAAAAGGGGGGCAGGGAACUGCCUCGGUGCUCCCGGACACGUCCAGGAGGGCCUGGGGACCCAUCGCGCUCGUGUCCCGAGCUCCUCGGCCGCCUCUUCUCGUCCCCAGGGUCCCCCCGUGCCCGACGCCCACCCCGAGGAGCGGCCGCCUCCCCCCGCGCCCCCCCGGCGGUGCCACCAUGUGCCUGCCCCGCUGCCUGGUGCUGCUGGCCGGCCUCGUGCCCCCGGCCCUCGGCUCGUGGGGGGUUUCCUACCCCCAGGCCGUGCGUGGCCUCGGGGGGUCCUGCGUGGUGGUGCCCUGCACCCUGAGCUACCCCGAGGACGUGGCGACCGCCCGGGGCAUCGUGGCCAUCUGGUACAAGGACUACGACGGCCCCCGGACCCCGGUGUUCCACUCGGCCGCCCCCCAGGAGGUGGACGCCCGGUUCAGGGGCCGCGCCGAGCUGCUGGGGGACCCCUCUGCCCGGAACUGCACCCUGCUGCUGCGGGGGGUCACCCCGGGGGACGGGGGGCCCUACAGUGGUGCUGAGCGUGUCGGGUGGGUACGGCCCCCGGGACCCCCCCGCUCCCUUCACGCCCACCCCGCGGGCACAUCCCACCCUCCGCUCUCCGUCCCAGAGGAGCCGGAGCCCCCGAGCGCCGCCGCCCCCCCGGAGCUGAGGGAGGGGCAGAACUCCAGCCUGGAGUGCUCCACGCCCUACGCCUGCCCCUGGGGGGACACCGUCCUGCGCUGGGAGGGACACGACCCCCGCGCCGCCACCCUGGCCGGCCGGCUGCGACUGGACACCCGCGGGGUGGGCCGGCAGCUGACCCUCAGCACCUCCUUCUCCUGGAGGGACCACGGCAAGAAGCUGCUCUGCGAGGUCUCCCACGGCUCCGGGAGGGCGAGCACAGAGGUCGUGCUGCGGGUGAGACAUGCCCCCAAGGACGUCCAGGUGCGGGUCAGUCCCUCCUCGGGGAACAUCCACGUGGGUGCCACGGUGUCCCUGAGCUGCGAGGUGGGCAGCAGCCACCCCCCCGUCUCGGGGUACCUCUGGCACAAGGACGGGGCCGCCGUGGGCAGCGAGAGGGUGCUGACCCUGCGGGGGGUGCGGCGGGAGGACCACGGGCGGUACCACUGCCAGGCCCUGAACGCCCUCGGGGCUGGCACAGCGCCCGCCACCACCCUCCACGUGUUCUCCGCAGAGGUCUCGGCGAGCCCCGCGGCCGAGGUGCGGGAGGGGACGGCCACCACCCUGUCCUGCGACGUGCCGGGCCGGGAGGGGCAGGACCUCAACUACACGUGGUACAGGAACGGCGCCUGGCUGCGGGAGGGCACUGCCCACACCCUCCUCUUCCCCGCGGUGGCCGCGGGCGACGCCGGCUACUACUCGUGCCAGGUGGCGAACGCGCAGGGCAGCGACACGGCCCAGCCGCUCCGCCUCAGCGUGACCUAUCCCCCCCGGACCCCCACCCUGACGCUCUUCCAGGAGACCCCGGGGGGCCGGCUGGCCAUCGUCCGCUGCGCCGUGGACAGCCACCCUCCGGCCACGCUGGCCAUCGACCGCGACGGCACCGUGCUGGCCACCAGCGGGCCACAGGUGGCCCCGGCCCAGAGGUUCGGGGUGGCCGCCUCCCGCAACGCCCUGCGGCUGGAAAUCCGGGCUGCGGGGCCCCGGGACAGCGGGAGGUACCGCUGCACCGCCAGCAACGCCCUCGGCAGCGCCAGCGCCGCCAAGGACCUGCUCACCCGCGCCGCAGAGCUCCGGAUCCAGCCCUCGGCGGAGGUGCCGGAGGGGACGGCGGUCACCCUGACCUGCGUGGGGACGGGGGAGGCGGCGGGGGAGCCCCUCUACACGUGGUACCGGAACGGGCAGAGGCUGCGGGAGGGCCCGGCCCCGACCCUGAGCUUCCCCUCCGUGCGCGGGGACGACGCGGGCGCCUUCCAGUGCCGGGUGCGGGGCAGCAACGGCAGCGACAGCGGCGCCUCGGGGGCCGUCCCGCUCCGGGUGCUCUACCCCCCGAGGCCGCCGGUGCUGAGCUCGUUCCUGCAGAGCCGGGGCGGGCGCCGGGGGAUCCUGCAGUGCUCCGUGCAGAGCGACCCCGAGGCCAACCUGACCCUGCGCAGGGGGGACGCGCUGCUGGCCUGCACCGGGGGCUGCCCCCCGGCCCCCCGCGUCCGUGUGACCCCCUCCUACAACAGCCUGAGGGUGGAGAUCCGGGACGUGGUGCUGGAGGACGAGGGCACCUACGUGUGCCAGGCUGGGAAUGUGCUGGGCAGCGCCAGUGCCGCGCUGGAGUUCAGGGCUGACACCGCCACCGUCACCGUGUCCCCCUCGUCCCGCCUGCCGGAGGGCGACAGUGCCAACCUCACCUGCCACCUGAGCAGCGACUCCCCAGCCACGCCCAACGUCACCUGGUACCACAACGGGCGGUGGGUGGCCGAGGGCAGCACGCUGGUGCUGGGGCGCGUGGCCAGCGCCCACUCGGGGCUGUACCGGUGCCAGGCCAGCACUGGCAGCGGCACCAGGAGCUCCCCGGACGUGCUCCUGGAUGUGCUGUUUCCCCCCCGGGCCCCGCUGCUCCGGGCGUUCCUGGAUGCGGAGCGGGGCCGCCUGGCCGUGCUGGAGUGCUCGGUGGGCAGCAACCCCCCGGCCCGGCUGGCGCUGCUGCGGGGCCCGGACCCGGUGGCCACGGGCGCGGGGGGGAGCGGCCCCCGGGUGCGGGUCAGGGCCGCCCCCAACUCCCUGCGCGUGGAGAUCCGGGAGGUGACGCCGGCGGACGACGGGACCUACCGGUGCUCGGCCAGCAACGCGCUCGGCACCGCCGAGACCGCGCUGUACCUGCGCGUGCAGGCUGCCCGCGUCCUGGUGUCACCGUCCUCGGAGGUGCUGGAAGGAGCCGACGUGUCCCUGACGUGCCAGGUGCCCGGAGAGCCGCGGGGUGACACCGUCUACGCCUGGUACAGGGACAGCCAGCGGCUCCAGGAGGGCCCCGACCCCGUCCUGGAGCUGCCCCGUGUCCCCAGCGCCGCCAGCGGCUCCUACCACUGCCGGGCCCGCGGCCCCGCGGGGACCAGCCUGGCCCCCCCCCUCACCCUGAGCGUGGCCUACCCCCCGCGGGUGCCGGUGCUGAGCACCCUCCUGGAGCCCCCGUCGGGGCAGGGGGGGGCCCUGCAGUGCUCCGUGGACAGUGUCCCCCCGGCACGGCUCGCCCUCCUCAAGGACGGGGCCCUGGUGGCCUCCACGGGGCCACCACAGCCCCACCCCGGGCCACGGCUCAGCGUCACCGCGGCCACCAACGCCCUGAGGGUGCAGUUCCAGCCCGUGCUGCUGCAGGACGAGGGUCAGUACCGGUGUGUGGCCACCAACGCCCACGGCAACGCCAGUGCCACCGGGAACCUCACAGCGGGCACCGUCCGGGUGCGGAUCCUGCCGGGGCCGGAGGUGCGGGAAGGCGGCAAUGCCACCCUCAGCUGCGCGGUGGCGGCCGGGGCCGAGCGGGUGCUGAGCUACUCGUGGUACCGGGACGGGCUGUGGCUGCGCAGCGGCCCCUCCCCGGCCCUGCCCCUGCCCCGGCUCUCCGCCUCCCACUCCGGCUCCUACCACUGCUCCGUCCGGACCCCCGCCCGCAACCGCAGCGCCGCCCCCGCCCCGCUCCGCGUCCUCUACCCCCCCCGGAACCUGCGGGUGAAAUCCUUCGUGGAGAGCAGCGAGGGCAGCGCCGUCAUCCUGCUCUGCUCCGCGGACAGCGACCCCCCGGCCCAGCUCACCCUGCUCAGGGGGGGGCAGCCGGUGGCCUCCAGCCCCCCCUGGGGAGGGGACCCCCCCCGGCAGAGCAGCCGCGUGUCCCCCUCUCCCAACGCGCUGCGGUUGGAGCUCCGGGAAGCGUCCGAGGAGGACGAGGGCGAGUACGAGUGCCGGGCACGGAGCCCCCUGGGCAGUGCCCGCGUGUCCCUGACCCUCCGGGUGCAGGCCGUCAGGGUGGUCGUGCGCCCCUCGGCCGAGGUGGCGGAGGGGACGGAGGUGACCCUGACGUGCCAGGCCCCCCGGGCCGCCCCCGGGACGCCGUACAGGUGGUUCAGGAACGGGCGCUGGCUGGCAGAGGGACUCGCCGCCUCCCUGGGGCUCCGCGGCCGCCGCUCCGACGCGGGGCUCUACUCCUGCCAGGCGGGCGGGGGGCAGCGGGCCCCCCCCGCCGCCCUCAGGGUGCUCUACGCCCCCCAGGAGCCCACCUUCACCUCCCUGCUGGACCCGGGGGGGGGGCGACAGGCCGUCCUGCUCUGCUCCGUGGACAGCGUCCCCCCCUCGGAGCUGGCCGUGAGCCGGGGGCCCGGGCAGCCCCCCCUGGCCUCCUCCCGCGGCCCCUCGGCCCCCGGGCUGGACGUGCGGGCCUCGCCCAACGCGCUGCGGGUGGGGCUGGGGCCGCUGGGCCCGCGGGACUCGGGGCUCUACCUGUGCUCGGCCAACAACAGCCACGGCGCCGCCGCCGCGGCCCUGCAGCUCCCCGGGGCAGGGGUCACGGUCACGGCCGAGCCGUCGCCAGAAGUGCCCGAGGGAAGCAGAGCCACCCUGACCUGCUCGGUGCCCCCUUGGUGGGGCGAAGGUGCCAACUACACGUGGCACAGGGACGGGCGGUGGCUGCGGGAGGGACCGUCCCCCUCCCUCGUCCUGCCCCGCGUCUCCAGCGCCGACUCGGGCUCCUACGGCUGCCUGGCCAGCGGGGCCUGGGGCGCGGCCAGCUCGGCCCCCCUCGCCCUCAGCGUCCUCUACCCGCCCCGGGACGUGUCGGUCAGCACCUUCCUGGAGAACCGCGGCGGGCGGGCGGGCAUCGUGCUGUGCAGGGCCGACAGCCACCCGCCCUCCUCCCUGGCCCUGCUGCACCGGGGCCGGCUCGUGGCCUCCAGCCCGGCCCCCCCCGCCAUCCCGGGGGUCCGCGUGUCCCCCUCGCACAACGCCCUGCGGGUGGAGCUGGGGGCGCUGGGCCCGGGGGCCGCCGGGCAGUACCUGUGCGUGGCCACCAACGCCCUGGGCAACGCCACGGCCAGCGCCCACUUCGACGUGAACACCCUCACCCACCUGCUGACCUUCACCAUCCUGGCUGGGCUGCUCGUGGCCCUCGUCUCUGUGGCCACCCUGGGCCUGCUGGCUGUGAAGAUGUGGCCCAGGAUCAGGAGGUUUUGGGGCUGGUCGGGUGCCGAGGAGACCCUGGAGCUGAGGAGCAAACAGGAGCCAGCACAGGUGGACAGAGCGUCUUAACCUGGUGGCUCUUGGACCCAGGAGCAUCUCUGGCAGCUGGUGCUGGUCCUGGCCUGGCUGGAUCCAGGCAGCCCCCCUGGGG